GUUGAACAAUCUGUCUAUAAUUUGAGCAAUACAGCACGCAAGAAUGCGCAGUUGCAUUCAACCAUUGAUGUGUUCAACUUUGGUUCAACUAGAGGUUGCGUAAUAUGUAUCUCAUUGCUCGAGUAUUUCGUACUUCGCCACCCUCGAUCCAACUGAAACAGUUCAACUUGCUUGCCUGCAACUCGGAGUUUCAAUGAACUCUCCUCCUCUCACUAUCAUGGGUCCAUUACUAUUGCUGUUGACUGGCUCACUCGUCGCACGCCCACCUACAUUGAUUUCCUACAUCCAGUUGACUCCAACUUGUGUGCACCUGGAGUCUGCUCCCCUGUUUGGAUAUACAACACUUUGGUUGCUGUUAUACCAGCUCCACCACCGCCAGUGGCCCCAGUCUGGUCCCAUUUCCCUCCAGAAAGAACCAGUACACCCUCGCCAUCAACAAGUCCUUCAGCGGAGAACAUUUACCCCGCUCAAGUGGGCACAGCAUCCAGCCACUCAGCCGACAUUCACCGGGAUGGUUGGAUACCGGCGCAUAUAGUCACUCUUUCGACUUGGUGUUUCAACACGACUCACUAGCAUGACCACUUCAAGUCCUUUGACAUUAACAGCAGC